AUGCCGCUAUUUGACGCCAUCGAGAGCGAUGUCACGGCCUUCUUCGUGUCACAGGGAACAGUCUAUGACUCACUGGUCAAGGCAUUCAUGGAUCGCAUGGCCGUAAUCGAGUCUAGCGUAGCGCUGAUGCGCACAGACGUCACCAACAAAUUCAACUUGGUGAACCAGCGCAUCGAUGCCAGCACAGCGGAAGCAGCAGAGGUUUCAGCGGCUACGGCAGCGACAGCUGCAGCUGCAGCCGCUUCCGCCGCCCUCGCUUCACUCCCGCCAACUUCCGCUGCUGAAAUAUCCUUAACUACUCAACCAGAUGUGACGCACGUGGAUCAUAGCGGUUGUAGAAGGGAAGAGCUCGAAUACCACAUCAUGACGCUGUCCCGCCAACUCAACAUGGUACUGGAAGUACUAUUCCAGCCUCAUGGGAGCAAUAACGCCGUAGAAACGGUCCAGGCCAAGCAGACAGAGCUGCAAUCCAUCUCAGAUGUGUUGACGGAGAACGAGGCGAUUCUCAUGCAGCUAGCAGCGCAACACGAUGACGAAAAGUUACACCAAAACACAGCGAAUGGGAGCAUCUCGGACGAAAUACCCAUUGAAUCCGCUGAGACUUCACUAGAAACGACACUUAACUCGACACUAAACGAAGCCAAGACUCAAUUGGAACCGAACCAAACAACUGCCACCGUCGCAACACUGUCAAAAUCUUCGCAAGAGACACCACAAUUUCCUUCUUCAGAGACCAAAACGCUGUCAUCAGCAACUAAAGAAGCUGAGAGCUCACCACUUGUGGAACAGAAUGAGGAGGUAGGUCGAACGCUUCCAGACAAUCAGGACGGUGCAACCAAAGAAGAUGAGCAAGAAGAUGAAGACAGCGAUGAAGAGAGAGACCAGCUAUCUGCAGAUAUAUCUGCAUUCCAGCCAUUACCAGAGGGUUCUCGCCAUCGAAGGAAAAGCUUCUUCCAGAGUUGCCAGGAUCUACAGCGACAAGAAGAAGAGAGGCUUCGAGAACAGAAGCGUCUUGAAGAAGAACUAAUGCGUCGGAUGCACGAACUUCUGCUUCAAUCGCGCUCUCAUCGUCAUCAAGAGCACAUGGAGCUGUGGCGACAGCAUCAGGACGACGCGACGCAGAACCACCAAACGUUGGUUCUUACUCUCGAGAGUCAGCUCCAAGAGCAGCUCCAGCUUCACCACCAACGAGAGGAGCAAUGGCGUCGUCAACAAGAAGGGCAACGUGUGGCUGCGUUUGCUGCUCUACAGCAAGAGAUUGAUCGAAAACUGGACAGCCACACGGCUACUAACACGGCACAGAGCACACAGGGACAAGAUCUGGUCCAAGUAAUGAGUCUCGUGGACGAUCUAGAGAAGCGAUUUGUGUCUGCUGAUGCACUGCAACAAGCAGGCGCGUUAUGGCUCAAGACAGCAGCAGACAACUGCAUCUAUGGCGUUAACCCAGAAACCCUGUCCACGUUGCAUCGAGAUCUUCAGGAAUUUAAGUCGCAGCUUGAUUCCCACCCCGUGAGAUCUCCCGCUAUGUCGACACUUCAUGAAGCCGUCGAUCGCGCACUGCAAUUGCUGCAGCAUCCAUCAAGCGGAUCUGAGCAGGAGAACAACAUGUACACGCUUCGACAGCUUCUUGCCAAACUUGACUCGUCCUAUCGAGCAGCAGCUACUGAACACGAGGAGUUCCCAUUGCCUGCUGUUGGAUUCCUAGCGGACGCGAUACAUUGCAUGGAAUUGGGCACUGCCAACCUAUUGGACGCGAUUGAUUUCCAGCAGGAACAUUUCCAACAGACGUUCGCUCAGCAUCAAACGGGCCUAGACAAACUCCAGAAGGAGCUUUGGAGACAGCAAGAGGCGGAGCUGGGGCUUAGAACGCAGUUGAGUGCGUGUCCAAGCAAAGAAGACACGCUGCGGCUUGUCCAGGAUCUGAGAGAUCAGCUCGCGACUUCGACAGCAGACUCGGCGUCGCGCGUUCUAGACACGGUAGAAGACUUACGGUACCGGAUGACAGGCCUCCCGAACGCUCAGAUGCUCGAACACCUCGCCAACGACCUCCACGCAAAGACCGAUCGCCUUACACGUGACUUGGACACCACGACUGGCAAACUGAGUCACGACUUACGACAGAAAGCUGAUCGAUCCGAGAUUGAUCGUCUGCAAAGUCUCGUUGAAUCCAGUGGUGGUGUACAUCCACCCUCAGCGUACCUCACGAAGUCGCCGCUAAAAUGUUUAUCAUGCGACCAGCACCUUCCGUUCGCACAAGCCCCUCAAGACGUGAGCUUGUCUCCUGAGCGUCCGUCACGGCCAGGUUCUCCCACUUCUCAUCGUCCUGGGUCACCGCCACGUUCUCCUACGAGCUCUCCUAUCAUUUAUCACAACCAACAGUCCACGCAAAUGGCGUUCAAUGACCAGCAGCCCGAAUCCUCACAAACACCAGAUGGCUACAAUGACCUCGGUAUCAACAUGGAGAUUCUGCAGGAAAUGUUCGCAGCGUCAACCUCCGCAUUGGAGAGACGGCGACGACAGCGACAACAGUUGCAGAUGCAGCUUCUACGUCCACAGCCAGAUCACAACGACUGGGUUGUUCGACAGCCCACGUUCUUAAACCUCGACGAUGGCCGGAAUCGGAUCCCACUACGCAAGGUGCAGCUCUCCGAGCACGUGAUUUAUGGUCCUGCGAUCACGCCGAAUGCUUUCCGCAAGAGACAAUUGGGUCUCUACGACGAGUACGUGCUGUAG